AUGCGAGGCCAAACCGUAAUCCACCUGUCCCUGCUCGCCGGAGCCUGGGCCAGCCCAGCUCAGAAACGAUGGACGCCCAACGUCCCCCGCAACCCCGACUACCCCCUGGACGUCGUCGACCAGCUCGAAGAAAGCAUCAUGCCCAACGUCGAGGCGUGGGUCUCCAAACGCGCCGUUGCUAACUCGACUACUUCCUGCACCCUUGAGAACGCCGCAAUCCGUCGGGAAUGGAGCGACCUAACCCCAGAAGAACGCAAAUCCUACAUCUCCGCCGUCCUCUGUCUCCAAUCCUUGCCCCCCAAAUCCCCCCGCGAUACUGUGCCCGGAGCGCAGAACCGGUUCGACGACUUUGUGGCCACCCACAUGACGAUGGCAGGCAUGCUGCACAGUCCGACCAACCUGUUCGCGGCGCACCGGUAUUUUAUUUGGGCGUAUGAGAAGGCGCUGAGGGAGGAGUGUGGGUAUGAGGGGUAUCAGCCUUACAUGAACUAUGACCGGUACGCCGACGACCCGAUCAACUCGCCCAUGUUUGACGGCAGCGAGACCAGCAUGGGCGGCAACGGGGCGCCGAGCGAGUAUGCGGGCGUGCCGCAGGGGUUUCCGAAGCCGUAUAACAUGAUUCCGUCUGCUGGUGGAGGGGGGUGUGUGACUGAGGGGCCUUUUAAGGACAUGAUCGUCUCCCUCGGCCCCAAAUCCACCAUCGUCUCCGACAUCCCGCCCAACCCCCAAUCCGACGGCCUAGGCUCCAACCCGCGUUGCUUACGGCGAGACGUCAACCAGUUCUCGGCGGCCGGCGCCCGCGCCAACUACACGUACAGCACGAUUGUCGACAACCCGGAUAUUGACGCGUUUUAUAACCGGUACCUGGGCCAGCCGCAGCUGAAGGGGGAUACGCAUCCUUGGGGGAUCCAUAAUGCGGGGCAUUAUAUGAUUGGGGGUGAUCCGGGGGGUGACUUCUUUGCCUCUCCCGGCGACCCCGCCUUCUACUUCCACCACGGCAUGCUCGACAGGGUGUGGUGGAUCUGGCAGAUGCAGGACCCCGAGAACCGCGUCGACAAGGUGCCGGGCACGAGCACAUCGAUGCCAAUGCCGGGGCACGGCGGGAUGAAAAUGGUGGCGAAGCGGGAGGACGUGCAGGACGCGGUGGUGGAUCUCGGGUGGACGGCGCCGGCGGUGAGAUUGGUGGAUUUGAACGAGCAGAUGGGGGGGUUGGGGGGGAAGUUGUGUUAUAUUUAUGUGUAG